GUGAUUGUGUGUGCGUGUGUGUGUGUAUGUGUGUAUGUAUGUGUGCUUGUGUGUAUACACACACACACACACUGCAGACGCGUGUGGUUGACCGCACUGGGCUCCCAGCUAUGUGUGAAGACACGCACAGCACGCCAAAGAAGCAGCCGCACUCAUUCUGAUGCUCGCUUUUUCUUCCAGGACCGCCACGCAGAUCGCAUCGAAAAAACACCCAUCUCACUUCUCUCUCUCUCUCUCUCUCUCUCUCUCUCUCUCUCUCUCUCUCUCUCUCUCACUCACUCGCUCUUCCUCUCGCUGUCUUCUUCUUCUUCCUCACUUCUACGAGCGCGUAGAGCUGGAAAGAAGGGGAAGACCCUCGCUCACUCUUGUGCUCUCUCCCUCUCUCUCACUCUCUCUCACGCUUCUCUAUCUGUCAGUCCCUCCCUCUCGCUUACUCUUCCUUUUGCUCUCUUGCUCUCUCCCUCUCUCUUUCUGUCUCUCUCUCUCUCUUUCUGUCUCUCUCUCUCUUUGUGUCCUGCGGUGGGAUAAGUGCUGAGAGGAUGAGCCCCUGAUACAGCGCCGGACCUGAGUGACCUGACAGCUCAAACUAAUCUCGUCCAACCAAGAAGCAAUGCUGCCAGCUGAAUAUUAGCUCCAGGAAGCAGUGGAGAGCGUCCAGUGUCCCGCUACGACCAAAGCAGCUCCUCUGAUCUGGUUGAUCGGACACAGUUACUCGCCACGCUCUGCCUGGCCCUUUCUCCCUUCAAACUCUGAGAUCCGUGUGGCAGCAGUGAGUGUCCACAGCUCAGCCACAGCCCACUGUACAUGGAGACCCCCAGCUGGGCAGAAACUAAACCAGGAAACGGCCUGUGCAAAUCCGGAAGCAUUGCUCUCUUUGGAAACGUAGUUUAUAGUGGGCUGCUGAACGACCACUUCUGGCACUUUGGGGUUCCCCUCGUCACGAGACUGGGUAACCAGGAGGCCCCAGCUCCUCCAGAGGCCAUGGCUCAGCCGUACGCUCCUGCACAGUACCCCCCUCCUCCACCCCAGAACGGGCUGCCGGGCGAGUACGCCCACCCAGGGCAGGAGUACACAGGGCCCAGCCCAGUGCCGGAGCACGCAGCCGCCCUCACGAUCUACACACCCACACAGACACACAGCGAGCCGCCCGGCACUGACAGCAGCACGCCCUCCCUCACAGGGACCAGCAGCAUACCAGCCUGUGAUUUUCUCCAGCAGGCGGACGAGGUGGCGCAGACGGACGCCUCCCAGCAGCUCCAGCUCCAGCCCUCAGACUCAUCGGAGAAGCAGCAGCCCAAGCGGUUACACGUCUCCAAUAUUCCCUUCCGCUUUCGUGACCCGGACCUGCGGCAAAUGUUUGGGCAAUUUGGGAAAAUUUUAGAUGUGGAAAUUAUUUUUAACGAGCGGGGCUCUAAGGGUUUUGGUUUUGUAACUUUUGAAACGAGUGCAGACGCCGACCGUGCACGGGAGAAACUAAAUGGUACAAUCGUAGAAGGACGCAAAAUCGAGGUAAAUAAUGCAACAGCAAGAGUAAUGACAAACAAAAAGGUGGCGAACCCUUAUACAAACGGCUGGAAGCUGAACCCAGUGGUGGGAGCUGUCUAUGGUCCUGAAUUUUAUGCAGUGACGGGUUUCCCAUACCCAACCACAGGGGCAACAGUGGCGUACAGGGGCGCCCACUUGAGGGGCCGGGGUCGCGCAGUCUACAACACGUUCCGUGCCGCACCUCCACCCCCUCCAAUCCCUGCUUAUGGAGCUGUGGUUUACCAGGAUGGCUUCUAUGGUGCCGAGAUCUAUGGUGGCUAUGCAGCGUACAGGUAUGCCCAGCCAGCCGCAGCAGCUGCAGCAGCUUACAGUGACAGUUAUGGCAGAGUCUAUGCAACAGCGGACCCCUACCACCACACGAUUGGACCUGCAGCCACGUACAGUGUGGGCACUAUGUAAAUAAAAAAAAGGAGGAAAAGGCGGGACCAUAGAAGAGAUGGACAUCAGCUAAAUAGUGGACGACGAGAAGGUAUAAGGAGGAGAAACACACAAAAAAAAACACAUUUAAAAAAAAAUAAAAGAAAACACACAAAAAGAAGUUAAAAGAGGAUCCCUUCCACCGAGGCUGUGAGCGGAAGGCAUCGUAUCGUAUAACGGAGACGACGUGAAUGACGCAGCCAGGUUGCUGGAGGGAAGAGUUAGCUUUCACCUGGGACAGCCUGGCUGGGUGGAGGACCAGAGAAGAGCUCAUCAUAAAACUUUUUAUUUUUCUAAACUUUUUUAAGUUUAUGAUUUCAAAAAGAGUAAAAGAUGAGUGUAUAUAUAUAUCUAUAUAGUGAUAUAUGUAUGUAUAAAUAUGUUACAAAAAGACAAAUGUUUAAAAACGAGAAAAAAAAAACGAAAGAAAGAAAGAAAGAAAAAUCAGCAGAGGUGAAUGAUGCAUCAAUGCAGUGCUGUUGCAGAGGGGGGUGGGGGGUGUUCGUCAUCCUACCCAUCCCAGAAAGAAACACCCCCCACCCCCCUCCUGUCUGUUGCAGACCAGCUUGUCCUGCCCGUAAGACUGGGUGUGGGAAAGGGACGCCGGGCAAGGGGAGCUGCGGCUAGCUCCUUUAGACACAAUUCCACGCGGCCCUGCUCCGUGCGGAGCUCCAGCGCGUGCUGCGGCUCCGUCUUCCCUCGCUGACCUCCUGUCGUGGGUCAGCAGUGACAGCUAAUGCCUCGGUGGACUAAGGCUAAGUUCCUGUUGAACUGCAUUACUUUCCAGGGGAAAAGGUCACGGGCCUUUAAGUCAGUGAUGUUGGCCUGAAAGAGAAGCUUUUAUUCACUCCUCCGCCCUCUCUCCAUGUCUCUCAAAUGUCAGUAUCGUCAGCUUAGAGCAGCUCUCUAACUAGACGCGACGGGGAGGGAAAAAAAAGAGAGAAAGAGAGAGAGAGAGAGAGAGAGAGAGAGAGAGAGAGAGAGAAAGAAAGAAAAGGCGAAGCUUCGAAACUUGGGUUUUGAAUUACAGUUCUGAAUUUGCAAAUUGUAGGUCCACUGUACUAUAAUUCUCAUGUCAAGUGUUUCAUGCCAAGUAUAACCCAGUGUUUAAAAAGAAAAAUGACUUGAAAAAAAAAUUAUUGUUAAGAUCAUAUUGAAUACCUUUUAAAUAUAACAGGGGAGGCAGGUGAAGUCAAGGUGCUGUAAAUAUACCACCAAAAGCCUGUCAACAAAAAAAAGGGCAGAGCUCUGAGAUAAAUUAUAUGAUAUAUAUAUAUAUAUUUAAAGCUCAUAUAGAGGUCUUACAAGGCAGUCCCCAGGCUGAUGCAGAAAGGGUCAACAGUCACCAUGAACAAAAACACUCUCAAUGUCAUGGGCAAAAAAGAAAAGUGCGCCGAAAGUAGCCGAACCUCCCGCUAAGACCCGCUAGCGUCCGAACCCAACCAGAUUACAAGAUGCAGUUCAUUCAUAUAGCCGUCCAUGCUGUCUGUCAACCCUCUGUUUUCAGUAGCACAAUGUGUAAAGGCCCACUGAAGUAGAAUGGGAGUUCUAGGGCUUACAAGGGUGUGAAUGAAUGAAUGUAUGCUAUGUGUGUGUGCGUGUGUGUGCGCUGUACCUGUAGUGUGUGGGCAUGUAUUGGUCGCAGGGGGAGUUAAGUAGGAAAUAGGUGGAAGGGGGCUUCGUAGAUUCCUGGCCCCAGUGCUACCAAAAAAGCAUUACAUUGUGGUGUUGUUGUGGAGGUGGCCGUGCUGUGUAGUAAACUACUUUUGUACAUGGUGUCAGGGGGCUACAAAUUAAGAAAAUUGGAGCUGUCUGCUUGGUAUUGUCACAGGAGUUUGGCCAUCCAUCUUGAAAAUGGGCUCUUGCCUGCUAUAAUGUGAGAAACAAAGUGAGAUGGGCAGCAGUUUAGUCAAAGGGUUGCAAGCAAAGUUUUACUAAAAGUCUGUUACCUUUCUACUUCUAUCAAGCUCCACUUUAGUGACAUCCUUAUAUAUUUAAACGUUGUACUAAUAACAUGCUGCUGAGCAUGGUCAAAUGUCAAUUGUAGCCAUUUACUAAUGUUGUAUUAUUGUAUUACAAGUAUGGAAAACAUUUAUAUAUGAAUAUAUCUAUUUGUGACUUUGCGACCCUUCAAAUGAUGAUUUUAUCUUUUGUUUUUCGAUGGUGGUUCAGGUUCAUUUUUGACGGAAAUUUAUGCACAGUCUACGUACUGAGAGAUUUUUACUUCGGUGGCAUUUUUUCUGUCUGUCUAAGUCUUUGUUUCAGCUAUUGAAUGUACUUCAAACUCUUGAACUUUUUAUGUACAUGUCAUUAUUUUUUAAGCAGUACUUUGUAAAUGUAUGUACAUGGUCUAGCUAGUUUUCUCUGUUCUGAUGCUGGACCCGCUGGAGUUCUGUUGGAGGCGAGACGGAACUCUGUCCGGAGUCCGGUUGACUUCUAACACACGGAAAAUAGGAGUGCUCUGCUCUGGUCAGCCAAUGGACCUGCGGGACAACAUGGGGCAACAUGCUAAAUUACUGAACAGUCAGAAUGGUUUACCAAUGUGCUUCAAAAAAAAAAAAAAAGGAACAAUGUGCUGUCUGAGUUAGAUAACAGAAAAAAAAACACGACUUCUCAAAUAUUUGUUUUUCUUGAUGCAAAAUGUGAAGUUUACCUACAUGCAACAGCUUCCUGUUAAGAGACAUUGCUCUCUAUGUGGAUUUAAAAAAUGAAAAAUCGUUUUUCGGUGUGACGUACAGUUGAUUAUUUUGGUUUUGUUUCCAGGAUUCAGAUUUCGGCUGGGUGUGAAAGAAUGGUACAUUUAGUAACGCGUAGGUAACCUUCUUCUCCGGUCGCAUUCCCGAGCUUUGCAAAAUCAUGAGCUUCCUUGGACUCAGGUGUAAUGACGAGACAGAACUGACAUGUUUCCCCCUCCUUAGAUAAAGAUAUUAACUCCUCUUCGCUGCAUUCUUCCUCUCAGAACAAUCCUUUAUUUUCUAUGAAGCUGGCAACUCGUAUCUCAGCGAUUGUACUACUUUGAUACUUAAUGGAUCAUUAAAGGUAACCAUAUCCUGGGCAGUGGAGGCAUCUGUUCACCCGUAAGAGAAGAGCAUUGCGGAGCGUUUCCGUGCAUCAGCAGUGGCGGAUGGGAAUCGCCAGUCGAGACGAGACGUUUCAGGGACACUAAAAAAAAAAAGCGAGUGGCCGAAUCUGCACUGAAAGAGACUGUGACUGAACAAACUUAACAAAAAAGAUGUCAAAUCCGCAGAGAUCCGAGACCUCUGGGUUUAUUUCUUUGCUUAUUUUUUUCUGUAUGACACAUAUAUCUUGUUUACAUGUCCUGGUUUUUGAUUCUGCUAUGAGGUGUGUGUCAGCUCUUGCACUGUACCUUCUGGCUUCCUGUCUUCACCCUGUUGCUACUCUACUACCUGACUCCUCCUUCAAGCCCACAGACCCGUUCACCUAAGCACCAAAGCCAGCUCGCCCUGUCUUCCUCAGCCCAAAGCCAAGAGCCAAUGCAAGCUGCAGUCUGCUCAUAGUCAGUCCCUCACCCCUCUUACCUCUAUAGCUUGACCUAAAAGAAGUGUUUGUGCCCUCACCUCCUUUCACCCGGCCACAACCUUACUGAGGUCUUCCUGCUCACCCGUCUAAUCCCCCACUCUCACUCACUUAUUCACUCUCUCACUCACUCAAUCACUCGCUCGACCAGGCCCGAGAGCACUUAUGCAGCUAACUUUACCCACUUGAGUCCCUUCAGCCACGACAACUUCAGCUCUACCUUCUUCAAUUCAAUCAAGUCUUAGUCAAGCCUUUACUAAAGCUGACCCCGAACCCCAAACCCCGUACCCCAAACCCCACCCACUACCCAGUAACAACACUCACACCCGCCCCAUGACCCAGCCAGCAGCCCUGCGCCUCUUCACCAGUCCCCCUAAGCACAAAGGUUUGAACGGGGUGUGAGAAGGCCGUCUCAGUGAAAGAGUAACCAUCCAUCUAUCCAGUGUCUGUGUGCUUCCAGCCCUUUUCUUUUCUACGACAAAUGUACAAAAGCUCCUUCCUCUGUCGGCUCAAUACAAAAACGUGUUAUAUUACAAAAGAAAAAAAAAGGGGAAAAAAAACAGUGUUCUUCAUGUGCUACACUGGCUCAACGUAACAACAAAGCCGUUUCUAAUUUUGAUUCUGACUUUUGUUUUCUUCAUAUAUAUUUUUUGCAGUUGUUCCAAAUAAAUAAAAGGUUUUAAAAAAUAAAUAAAUAAGAAAUAAUAAUAAGAAACAGAUAAACGAUAAAUCAGUAUUGAACAGUAAAUGAAAAGACUAAACUUCAGAUGUUCUGGGUCUCUCUAACUUUGCAUUUGAGUUGUUCUCUUUCUGUAUGCUUCCAAUGUGCUUUAGACAACCAGUACUAUUUAUUAUAUCAUUAUCUUAUGAUUAUUAUCAUCAUGAUUAAUAUGAUUAUUAAUAAAUAUUUCUUUCUUCAACAAACAGA